AUGGCGAGCGGCCUGGCUUAUGGUGUGGUUGGAGUCGAGGGCCAUCCUGUAUGUUGUCGGCAUGCAAGUUCCUUCCAUUCUUCGCCCACAGCCGCUUCCAAGGAAGCCGGCUCCUGUCCACCAGGUUCGCAAGUCAAGCAGGGGUCGCGAUCCCUGCGCCGAUCCAAUGUCGGGCAUAACGCCCUGCACGCUCGAUUCGGUUUGUGCUGCAUCGAGCCCACGAAACUCGCCUCAUUCACUCACGCCGAGCGCUUGACGCAAGCGCCACGGCCCAUGGCCCCUGAAAGUCAGGAGCCACUCAGCCUCGCCAGGCUAAUGCCCACGGCGAUGCUGGCCUCGACAACCAGCGCAUGCGGGACCUGCUUGUCCGUGCGUAAAGAGCACUGUGCAUCAGUCCAAGUACCCCAUGACGCAACCGACAUCGCCAUUCUAGACACGUGGCAAGGUACCAUCGCAGUCAGUCUACUUCAAAGCAGGGGCAGAUCUAGCGUUGUGAUCCCUCGCGUGUUAUUCCUCGCGUGGCUGCAGCCCGUGUUUAUGAAAGACCCCAGACAUCCCGAGCUGCCGACAGAACAGAUCACUGCAGUUGAACGUGCUCAAAAGUGGGAGCUUGAGAGGCACUUUCCGUCCCUGCCACGAGACGAGACUGUCUCACAAAGCAUUGAAUUCAAGCCCGGCACAUCGCAGCUCUGCUCUCUCUCCACUAGCCCCGUCGGAGAUGAGCCCGGCUGGGAGUUGGUUGCCUAG